ACUAUUGCUAUUAUUAUUAUUUUUUUUGCAUUUAAAUUUUGUACAUUAUAAUCUAAUCUAGGACACAUCAAUGCAUGCAGGCCUGUUGCAGCGAUGGAAAACCAAACGUAAGCUACCACUAAAAGUAAGAAAAACACCGCUUUGCUUAUAAUUUGAUUUGUUCUUCUAAGCUUUUCUCCUCUUUAUAUAUAUAAAAAAACCCCUAAAAUUAAGUUGCUGUAACUGUAGAUAAAUAAGAUGUUAUGAAGAUUUGAGGUGAUGCUGCGGAUGGUUGUUAGUUGGAGUGGAGUUAAAAUAUGAAAAUACACUGAAGAUUGAUCAACAUGAAAUUGGAGUAGAAUAACUAUACAGGGGUAUUGGGAAUGGGGAACAUAUAGAGGUUUAAGGGUUAACACAAGAAAUAGGCGAGCAGAGUUAACAUGGUAGGGUGGGUAAACGCGGAGAUUACAAGACCUAACUCUGUGCGGAGAUGCAUAUGGCACUAUUGAUUUGAUUUGUAUAACACCUAACGGCCAGGUUAGCACCAGAAUCUCUUGUAUGUGUUUAGCUGGAACAACUGAAAGAUCCCCCCAUCCGACGAGCCCUAGCCGAAAGAUCCCACACAGUGCUAACCAUAACAUCUAUGCAAGUUGUCUAGUUUGUGGAAUGCGUCUCGAAAGCUACCACACCAGAACACCGGGACACAUUACAAAAGUGGCGCCCAACGUGGGGCACGAUACAACAACAACCGUAACAAAACUUUGUGUCUCAGUUAUUGUCAGCAUAUAGAAUUUUUGCUUUUGUUUCCUUUCCGGAAAACUGCAAUGGUUGGUGCAAGUCACAGUCCAUUCUGUCCGAAACGAUGAGGGAGCAUCGGGUCUAUAUGCGUGCCAGGAGCUAAGUGGAAGAAAAUUGUAUUAAUGUCUGUGGAAAUCUUUAAGAUUUAGAAUGCUAGUCAUUAAAUCUUGAUGCCCGGAACAAUUGGUAUAUUUUUUUUCUGAAGCUUCAGCUCGUGUUGAAGACAAUAUUUUUUUUUUAAUAGUAUAUUUUGGGAACAAGUCAUGGUGUGAUAUGUAUUGCCAUAAUCUUUGUAUGUUCCAAAUCUCAAUACCCUUGAUCCGUAUAGUUUAUUUUUGGAGUGAAUUUGACAUUUUCGAGCAUUUAUUCGGUAAAAUUCUUAAAGAUUGAUUUGUGUGUGCACCAUGGCCGUAAGACGAAGCUUAGAUAUGACCACAUCCACAAAUAAUGAACAGAACAUGCAUUUUGAAUUGGCUUGAUAAGUCGCGAUCUUGCCCAACAUGUCAAAACAAUGUUACAAGAAACAGUUUAUUAGAGGUUCUUUCCGAAAAUGUUGCCGACCACAAUCUGAACCUGGAAACAAAUAGUUUGGAGAGGAUUCUGUUAACUAAUAGUCAAAAGAAGAAAAAGAGACAGUCGCAGCAAUCAAAUGAGAUAGUAGAUCUCGAGGAUAACAGUAACGUAUUGUCUAAUUCUGCUUCUGCGGAUAACCCAAACCAAGAUGUAGGUUUCUUAGAGCAGAGAAUAUUAUCACAGGUAGAUCAUCGAAUAACUUCGCAAAUUAGUCAAAUGCAGUCCAUGAUCUCGGAACUGUCUCGUCAAAUUUCUAAGUUAACAACAGACAGGGCAGGAAGAACGGAUGCAAUACCUAACUUCCAUACCAAUGCAGAUGAUAAUGGAAAUAACAAUGAACCUGAUUGGGGAAGAAGAACUACUAGAGCUUCGUCACUUAAUCUAGAAAGAGAUGUACCCACCUUCAUACCCAAUGAAUAUAGAAAUAGUAGCAAUCUACCGGAGAGAAAUGAUAGUUUCAAUCUAAGUCGCGAUGUGGGAAAAGUAGAAAAUUUGAUUAGUAGCUGGAAAGUGCAGUAUAAUGGCUCACGCAAUGGUAUGCCGGUAGGGAAGUUCAUAUACAUGAUUACAGCUUUGACAAAUGAUAGCUUACGAGGAAACUUUGAAGUGUUGUGCGAACACAUUCAUAUUCUCUUUAGUGGCCGAGCAAGUGAAUGGUUCUGGAGAUACAGACGCACUGUAGACAGAGUAAACUGGUCCGAUCUUUGUAAGUCGCUGAAUUCCUAUUUUCUUGAACCGCUAUCUGACGAUGACGUGAGAGAAUUGAUAAGAGAUCGCAAGCAGCAAAUCCGCGAAAGUUUUGAUGAAUUUCAUAACGGAGUUAUGCAUUUAGUAGAUCGCUUACAAUACCCUAUUAGCGAGAGUCAACUAACGUCAAUUCUGAAACGAAAUCUGAGACCGUUUAUGAGAAAGGAGUUGUUCUAUAUAGAAAUCAAUUCGGUUAGCCAGUUGAGAAAAUUAGUCCUUAGACGAGAAGCUUUUAGUGAGGAGUAUAACACCGCUAACCCGAAAGCAAACACACGAAAGCAAAUUAAUGCAUUGGAGUAUGACCAAGAACGUUCAGAUAACCAUCUAGGAGAGCAAGAAAUUUGCGAACUAAAAAGAACUAGAGCCUUAGAAGAGAUUCAAUGCUGGAAUUGUCGCAGGUUUGGCCAUAAACACGCAGAUUGCCAAUCUGAUAAGAAGAUAUUUUGCUUAGGUUGCGGAGCUGAAAAUAUAAUAAAACCAAAUUGUGAAACCUGUCAGGAAAACCGAAGGUUGAGCGGCAACAAGAACAGCAGUUACCGCUCAAAUCCUCAACAUUAAAUAAAGAGCAUUCUUCUUCUUACUGUCCGAAAGUCAAUAUAAUUCCUAAAUAUUUAAAUUCUAAAAAUAUUCAAGGUAAAUUAUAUCCAAUAGUCCCGUAUCAUAAAAGACUUCGAAACUAUGAAGAAAUAAGAGAAAAAAUAUUUGGUAGCGAUUUAGUUAAAAAACCCAGUUGUGUCCGAACUAAGAGAAAUACCAUUCGUUUUCGUAACGUUAUAAGAAAAGUUAAAGAUAGAAUGAGGGGUAUAUCGCUGAG